AACAGCUGUGAGAUUUGUUGACGUUUAACUUUUUGGCAUACCUGAAAUAGUGCAAUCUUAAAUAAAUAAUGGACCUGAUAUUACUUAUAGGCAUUGCCACGGCCCUGCUUGUUGUUCUGCUCACACUUUACUUUUUGCAGAACAAAAAAGCAAAGACUGAUACAAAGGCAGCUGCACAACCACAACGUGGCGUCCCACAGCGCGCUCAGGAAGGGGUGCCAAGACGCGCACAAAUAGCCCGUAAUCAGCGCAAUCGAUUACGUCAGAAUCAAAAUGCGCCUGCAGCAGCUCCCGCGGCAGCUGCCCCUCCAGCCGAUUCGGACGAUGAUGAGGCCGUAGCUGGCGAUGAUAAUGCCCAGCGAGUGCCACAGGGCGCUGUACUGGACGAGAAGAUGGGUGCCAAAAAACGCGCCAAAAUGGAGGCUAAGGAGCAGAAACGACUGCAGCGUGAACAGGAACUGCACGAUCGCGAGCAGAGAAAGGUAAAAGAGGCACAGGAAGAGGCAGAACGUAAGCAACAGGAUGAGCUUGAAGCGGAGGUUGAACGCAAGAAAGCGGAGUCCGAACGAUUGGCCAAGGAAGAGCGCGAGCGUAAGGAGCACGAAGAGUAUCUGAAAAUGAAAGCUGCCUUUAGCAUCGAGGAAGAAGGCUACGAGGAGGGCGAUGCCGACGAGAAGGAAAAUCUGUUGGCCGACUUCAUUCAGUACAUCAAGGAUAACAAGGUGGUUCUACUAGAAGAUUUGGCAACAGCAUUCAAGCUUAAGACGCAGCAGGCCAUCGAACGCAUUCAGGAGCUUCAAGCAAAUGGCACUAUAACAGGUGUUAUUGAUGAUCGCGGCAAGUUCAUCUACAUCUCGGAAGCUGAACUGACAGCCGUGGCAAAGUUCAUCAAGCAGCGCGGUCGUGUUUCUAUAGCCGAGUUGGCGGAGAGUAGCAAUAACCUAAUAAACUUGACGCCCGUUGCUGCCGGCGAAGGCAGCGUCUAAUACAAUUUGUUGGCCAUUUGUAAAUUACAUAUACAUAUAGUUAAAGUAUGUUAAUAUAUAUAUUACACAUAUAUGUGAAUGAGGAAA